AUGGCUCGUCCGCCAUCCCCACAUCAAUCGUCCAUAGUGGCUUCGGUUGCCCUUCCCUCUGAGGCUCCCCGCCCGCCUCUGACUCCUCCGCAGUCGCCAUGGGCGUAUCAAAAUCCAAAAGUCGGAUCCACUCCUCCAAAUGCUGCUUCUGGUCAACCAGCGACUGCCCUCCUGACUGCUGCGCUCUCUGGGGUGUUCCUGUCGCCCCCGGCUGCCUCCCUAGCUGCUGCUCUCCCUGGGGUGCUCCGAUCACCCCCGGCUGCCCCCCUGGGUGCUGCACUCCCUGGGGAGCUCCGGUCACCCCCGGCUGCCCCCCUGGCUGCUGCUCUUCCUGGGGUGCCCCGGUCACCCCCGGCUGCCCUCCAGGCUGCUGCUCUCUCUGAGGUGCUCCAGUCGCCCCUGGCUGCUGGGCUCCCAGGGGUGCUCCGGUCACCCCCGGCAGGGCCCCUGGCUGCUGCUCUCUCUGAGGUUCUCCGGUCACCCCUGGCUGCCCCCGUGGCUGCUGCACUCUCUGGGGUGCUCGGGUCACCCCCGGCCACCCUCCAGGCUGCUGCUCUCCCUGAGGUGCUCCAGUCGCCCCCGGCUGCCCCCUUGGCUGCUGUGCUCCCUGGGUUGCUCCAGUCACCCCCAGCUGGCAUCCUGGCUGCUGCGCUCCCUGGGGAGCUCCGGUCACCCCCGGCUGCCCCCCUGGCUGCUGUUCUCUGCGUGGUGCUCCUGUCACCCUCGGCUGCCCUCCUGGCUGCCGCGCUCCCUGGGGUGCUCCGGUCACCCCCGGAUGCCCCCCUAGCUUCUGCUCUUCCUGAGGUGCUCCGGUCACCCCCUGCUGGCCCCCUGGCUGCUGCUCUCCCUGAGCUGCUCGGGUCACCCCCGGCUGGUCCCCUGGCUGCUGCUCUCCCUGAGCUGCUCGGGUCACCCCCGGCUGGCCCCCUGGCUGCUGCUCUCCCUGAGCUGCUCCGGUCACCCCCGGCUGGCCCCCUGGCUGCUGCUCUCCCUGAGCUGCUCCGGUCACCCCCGGCUGGCCCCCUGGCUGCUGCUCUCCCCGAGCUGCUCCGGUCACCCCCGGCUGGCCCCCUGGCUGCUGCUCUCCCUGAGCUGCUCCGGUCACCCCUGGCUGGCCCCCAGCCCUCUGCCCUCCCUGUCGUCGCCCCCUUCGGCGCCGUGCUCGGGGCCUUUCCGCUUGGCCUUUCUGCUGGCUCCUUGCCGGUGGCCGGGGCUGGCUCCCCGCUUGGCUCCCCUGCUCCCCCCUUCUUCGCGGUUCAUGUCUCAUCUCGUCUCGCCGCCCACGCUGCUCUUUCGUCGGCGUCUGCGGCUGGUCCUCUUCUAGGCUCCCAUGCUGCACCCCCGGCCACCCGUGUUGUCCUCUCGGCCGCAGCUCCAGCCCCCCUCCGGCCAACAUCGCACAGGGUCUUUCCUGCAAGACUCCGGGCGUGCGCCUCCGUUCCUGCCGUUGGGCCAAACGUGGGCCGCGCGGUGUCGGGAUGCCGCGUUCGGGGAGGGCAGGGCCUGCGAACUGAGUGCCGAGGGCAUGUCGACGCCUGUCGUGUGUCUCCUGCAAACGCCGGCGGUGUGCUUCCCAUGCUACCAUUGCCGCACCAGGGGCGAUGCUCUGCCUAA